AUGGAAACUUGGCCCGAUGUGAACCUUUCAAAAGAAAUGUUGGUUUCUCGACCCGAAAUCAUAGAGCGUCUUAAAAAGAUUCUACAGCCUCAUAAAGACCAACCAUAUUAUCAUGUUAUCAGCGGAGAACACGGAACCGGAAAAACUACAUUAAUUGCAUCAAAGGAGGUUGGGUUAUACAUUGAUGUUCCUUCCAAUUUAAAUGAAUUAGAUUCUGAAUCUAAGAUUUCUAAAUGGGAAAUUGCUGUGAGAUUCCUCAAUCAUGCUAGUGUAGUAUAUAAAGCAAAGCACAACUGUUUGGUCCAUACAAAUCUGAAAAUCCUGGAUAUUCUCCAGGAUGAUGUAAAGCACAAUGCCGAUGACAGGAAAUAUACCACUGUGUUUGUCAGCAGCUAUUAA